ACAUCAACGUCUCAACCAUGAAGUUCAGUGCUGAUGUCAGCUCUUCGCGCAGGAAGAGCAGAAAGGCUCACUUCUCUGCUCCCUCCAGCAUCCGCCGCAAGAUUAUGAGCGCACCUUUGUCCAAGGAACUCAAGGAGAAGCACAACACCCGAUCCAUCCCUGUUCGCAAGGAUGACGAAGUCAUGAUUGUCCGUGGCACCUACAAGGGUCGUGAGGGCAAGGUCGUGCAGGUGUACCGUAAGAAGUGGGUUAUCCACAUUGACCGUGUCACUCGCGAAAAGGUCAAUGGCGCCACUGUCCCCAUCGGCAUUCAUCCCUCCAAGGUUGUCGUUACCAAGCUCAAGGUUGACAAGAGCCGUCAAGCUAUUCUUGACCGCAAGGCCAAGAAGGACGCCAUGCAACAGUAAAUUGGAGACUUUAGUUAUUUUUACGAGAAUAAAAAGCACGGUUUCUACG